ACGCGAAUGCGCUCCACAUUUUAGUUGUGUCAAUUUUUCCCAUGCGGCACUACAAACUUUAUACCAACUUUUAAUACGUGAGCUUGGAACCCUUGCCAUAGAGUACAAGCCAAUUGCAACUACACAAAUCAACACAAAUUGUUUAUGUUUUCAAUUUCUCUCCAACAUUUAGAAAUUUAUUUUCAAAUUCAUCAUAUAUUUAUGUUGUGAUUCUUCAUCGGUGCAUAACAAAUCUGCAACGCUCCAAUAAGUAGUUUUUAUUAGAAAUUUUUGUCUGACAAACUAAAAUAAUUUUCAUUAGGAUUUUUAUAUGCUGAAGAAAUUACUUCAAAAUGGAGAAUAUGUUUAAAUUAAACAUUUAUUCUGUUUAGUUUAUAACGUUGAAUAAAGAGGCUUGUAUAAUUCUAAAUAAGAGAUACGGCACAGAGGAAGCUUGAUCAUGAACGAAUAAUUAAAUGCUCUUGCUAAGCAAGGUGCUAAUCAAUUUGACGAUUCUCACUGUGAUUUUAGUGCUGUUUUACUGUUAUCAGACGUCAAAUGGUAUACUUUGGUCAGCACGCACUACCAGUGGGCGUGAGAAUGUCUCGUCGACAGAGUCCAGCUUUGGAGCAGAUACGAUUUCAGCGAUACUCCUUACGAAUGACAAAAUUUACUAUAAUGUCUGGUGUAUAUUCACUAAAGUCGCUAGUAACUCACCAAUGAAAAGGAAAUUUGAGAUCUUUACCGAGUCUUUGCUGAGAUUAUCUUCUGUUGAUAUUGCAUUUCAUGUAAUAACUGACAAUGACAGCAGAAAUAUCGCGGAACAAAUUUUGAAUGGUGUUCUGUUCUCUACCGGAAAAUUUAUGAAGAUACAAUAUUAUGAUGUGCACGAUCUGGCAUCGCAACUGGAAGACAUUGUAUCGGUCAUGUCUCCUCACUUCAGCAGCAAGCCUGGAACUUACUACUCGGAUGCUUUGUUUUUCUUAUCAUUGGGUUUGCACCGAGUAGCUCCAGUUGAACAAAGUCUCGCAGCAAUGUUUGAUGCAGAUACCAAGUUCCGUAGAGACAUUAAAGAUCUUUUCAAAGAAUUCAAUACCUUCGGAAGUCAAGCCUUGUUCGGUCUGGCACCAGAACUUACUCCGGUUUACAGACAUGUUUUGUAUCUGUACCGUAAUAAGCAUCCUAACACAAUGUUUGGAGAACCUUCUACAUCGGGUGGUUACUCCGGUUACAACAGUGGAGUGGUGCUUUUUAAUUUGGAUAGGUUAAGAAAUUCCUCUGUCUACAAUAAAAUUGUUCAGAAGGAAAGCAUUGACUCGAUGACUGAGAAAUAUCACUUCAAGGGUCACCUUGGAGAUCAAGAUUUUUAUACGCUGCUUGGUAUGGAAAGGCCUGAUUUGAUUCGCACCAUAGACUGUGGAUGGAACAGGCAGUUAUGUACGUGGUGGCGAGACCGUGGCUACGCAGAUGUAUUUGGAAACUAUUCGAGUUGCAAUUCGGAAACAAAAUUAUGGCAUGGAAAUUGCAAUACUCCCAUACCUGACGACUGAUUCACCAACCAUAAUUGAUUUACACAUCUGUUGGAAAAAGUUAUCGCUCUCUUAUUAGGUGAAUUAAGCAGUUUAUUUGAUAAAACGUGUUAUUUUGACUAGGAUGUGCUGAAAUCAUAUAUUUAAAUUAUCUUUGGUACGUUUGGAAAGAACCAGAAGGAAUUACAUUUUCUUAAAAAAAAAAAUUAUUUCACAAUAAUUGUUAGGAAGGAAAUGAUUAAAUAAAAAUGAUAGUAUAAUCGUUAUGUACUUAAGGGGUUGUACGUGCGAGAGAAAAAAAGUGUUUUUCAAGAAUUCUUAUUUUUUGUAUAACAAGGAAUUGUGAAAUAUCAAUCUCUUUAUAUACUUUAAAUACUUGACAUGUUAAAUUAAUAAAUACAGUUUUUGUUGUUUAUUUUUCUUGCGAACGUACGAUAAAAGCCUCUUAUUAAAAAAGUACCAGAGACAAUGAAAAUUCUUGAUUCUCUUAAACAUAAUCAUUUUUGCAAACAUUAUAAGAUCUUUGAGUAUCCUUAGUGUAAUUAUAAAUGUGAAGCAUUUGCUGUUGCUUUUCCAGUAUAGUGGCGAUAUACAAGGUAUUUCUUAAUAUGUGGGCGCUUUAUGAAGAGUAAGCAAAAAAUCAGCCACACAUUAAGAACCAUACUGUAUAUGUAUACAAAUAUUCUUAACUUGUAAGUUCAAGCAUUUCAUGACGAUUAUAAAUUACUUGUUAAGGUAUUUAUAGUUUACUUCAAAUACAAGUUGUAAAAGGCAGCAUUGCUGUAUUGUAUGUUUCACAUACGCUGCAAUAUUAGAAUUCUAAUAGGACAUAAAGUGCAAAAUGGUAGUUUUGAAAAGUAUUUUUAUAACGAUAGUCGUUGCAGAGAAUAGGUGCUAUUUUGUAUAAAAUGCAGAUAAAAUAUAUUUAAUAUUACCAA